AUGAAGCUCCUUCCUCUGUUAGCAAUUACCACGCUUGUAGCUGCCGAGGUCACCAAUAAGGAAAUGAAGUGCCAGUAUGUUAACCUAACAUCUUACACUACUGUUAUUCACCCAUGCUUACACAUCUUAAGCUGCAUCAGCCAUGGCUGGCAAAGAAACACCGAACACACAUCGAUGGCGUGUCAGAAAAGAGCGGGUCGAGGUGUUCAGGGUAUUUAUGAGAAAGGGUAUUGCUACGUGGAUGCAGAUGAAAAAGGCAUUUUUAUAAAUAACAGGGUGGAUUAA